UUCUAUAAAUUGCAGAGGAUCAUCAUCAUCCCCGAUCAACAACCAAGAACAACAACCUUCAUUCUUACAUAAUUCCUGCCUACAACCAUCGUUUUCAUCCAUUGAUUAAUUACUACUACCUUCAGUUUCAUUCCAUCUCAAUUCGUCCAGGCAUCAUAACAAAUCAAUCAAUGGCUGAGAAAAUUGAUCAAGCUUCUGUUGGGAUACUAGAAGAAAGUCAUCUUCAACUAGAGACCAAGACUGAUAAGGGGUGGGAGAUUGUUGAGGGUUCCACUAAGAAAGAGUCCAAAUAUGAAGGGAAAGAAGAGAUAAAGGAUAACAAGAAAGACAAUGAGGAGGAUGAUCAAGGAGAAAAGAAAGAGAAAGUAGACAAAAAGGAAAAGAAGAAGAAGAAAGAUGAAGGGGAGAAAGAAGAAGAGGUGAAGAAAGAGAAAAAAGAUAAGAAGAAGCCCAAGAAAGAUGAAGGAGAGGCAGCAGAAGAAGAGGUGAAAAAGGAGAAAAAAGACAAGAAGAAGCCCAAGAAAGAUGAAGGAGAGAAAGAAGAAGAAGAGGUGAAAAAGGAGAAAAAAGACAAGAAGAAGCCCAAAAAAGAUGAAGGAGAGACAGAAGAAGAAGAGGUGGAGAAGGAGAAAAAAGACAAGAAGAAGGCCAAGAAUGAUGAUGGUGAGACAGAUGAAAAGGUAAAGAAUGAUAAAAAAGACAAGAAAAAGAAGAAAGAUGAUGAUGGUGAGACAGAGAAAGAAGUAAAGAAGGAUAAAACAGAAAAGAAAAAGAAGAAAGAUGAUGGAGAGACAAAGGAAGAAGAGGAAGUGAAGAAGGAUAAAACAGAAAAGAAGAAUAAGAAAGAUGAUGGAGAGACAAAGGAAGAAGAAGAAGUGAAGAAGGACAAAACAGAGAAAAAGGAAAAGAAGAAGACAAAGAAAAAUGAAGAAGAAACAGAGGAAGAAGAAGAAGUGAAGACAGACAAAUCGGACAAAAAAGAAAAGAAGAAGAAGAAAGAUGAUGGAGAGGUCGAGGAAGAAGUGAAGAAAGAAAAAUCAGACAAAAAAGAUAAGAAGAAGAAGAAAGAUGAUGAAGGAGAAUCAAAAGAGAAAGCAGAUGCUGUAACAUCAAGGGAGAUCAAAAUAAGCGAUGUAAAAGAAGAAGAAGAAGAAGAAGAGAAAGACAACAAGGGAGAUAAGAAAAGGAAAGCAGGUGCUGACAAGAAAGAAAAGCCCAAAGAUCUUGUAAAGCUCAAGAGUAAACUAGAGAAGAUCGACACAAAAAUAAGCACUCUCCUUGAGCAGAAGGCAGAAAUUGCAAAGCUGAUAAAAGAAGCUGAGGAGAAUGCAACAACUCAUCUUGUAACUGAGAAGAAAAAGGAAGAAGAUGUUGCCAACUAAGAAGGAA